ACCCUGUCGUGCCAACGGUACUUUUACGGUUGACCGUUGAAUAAAAAUUAUAAAAAAAAUUCACUAAUAACGGGCUCAUGAACGAGCAAAAUCGCAAGAUUUUUCAGAUUGGGUACGUUCAGGAGACGCUAUUGGCGCUAUUUAGCGCUACAGGUUUUAUCGCGGAGUUGGAUGAUAGCGCUAAAAAAAUGUUACUAUAUUUUUAAUGAUAUAUAUAUAUAUAUAUAAAAUAUGAUGACGUCAUAAUGAUAGGUUAUCAAUGCUAUUACUUCUCAAACAGCAUUGAUUGUAGCAUUAAUGCUUGUAAGCGUGAACGUCUAAAACAUUGUGAACGUCUGUCGCUGCACGUGAUCGUCGUACGGUACCGAUAUGUCGUAUUUAUUAUUCAUGUACGCAGUAGUUUAAAUAAAUCUUCGGAAUGUUAAAACUGAAGAGGUGUUGAAACUGCGGAAACGACGUUCGUGGAGAUCGUUAUCACUACUACUGGCUACUGUGCUGCUAGCUGCACGAACAAUAGAGUUCGCAUUAAUAGCGCUAAUAGAAAAUCCCUGAACGCUCUCAAGAAUUUAUUAAGAAUUAAGUUGACCGAGUCGAUACGCGAACUUUGCCAGUCAUUAUUGCGCUGCAGUCAACUUGAAGCUGAUGCAGAAACGUCCUCGAGAACGCUAGUCAGUAGCCUUAAGGAGCGUACACUGUGAACAUGUGGCCUUUCAACAGUAUAUGUACCAGCAAAGUGCGCCUUGUAGGAAAAACGGUGGUUAUAACGGGCGCGAAUACCGGAAUCGGCAAGGAGGCCGCUAGGGAUUUAUACAGGAGAGGUGCGAGAGUAAUUUUAGCCUGUCGCGACGUACAAAAAGCGAAGAAUGCAGUCGAAGAUUUAAAGACAAAUCCACCCUCAAAGCCGGACAGAAAACAAUUCGAAGGUGAUCCUGGCGAGCUCGUAAUCUAUUCGCUCAAUCUGUGUAGCCUUAAGAGCGUGAAAGAGUGCGCAAAGAAUCUAUUGACAAACGAACCGGCGAUUCAUCUACUCAUCAACAAUGCCGGCCUGAUGUUUUGCCCGUUCGAGAAAACGGAGGAUGGUUUCGAGACUCACUUACAAACGAAUCAUCUCGGCCAUUUUCUUUUAACACUUCUUUUAUUACCCAAGAUGAUAUCCUCAGGUCCCGAUUGUAGAAUAGUGAAUGUAUCAUCACGUAUACAUUUGUUUGGCAGCAUAAAUUUCGAUGAUAUAAAUCUGGAAAAAUCAUAUAGUCCUUUGAAAGGUUACGCACAAAGUAAAUUGAUGAAUGUAUUAUUCACGAAGGAGCUCGCUCGGCGCCUGAAAGAGGCGAAUAUCACUGGGAUAAAUGUCUAUUCUUUACACCCUGGAGCUAUAAAGACGGAAUUGGGUCGACAUAUAGAUGCAAUGUCUAACGUUAUAAAAUUCGGUUUUCAUUGGAUUGUUCAACCGUUUUUCAAAACUCCAGAACAGGGUGUGCAAACAACGAUUUAUUGCGCAGUAGAUGAAAAAACGGCUAACGAGACUGGUCUCUAUUAUACAGAAUGCAACGUUGCAAACACACAUCAGAUGGCAAAUAACGAACGAGCUCUUAAGCAACUAUGGGAUCAAAGUUGUCGUCUUCUGCACUUAGAACCCGAGGAGGACCUUCACACGUUUCUGAAAACAGUAUCACAACAAAUGACCGAAUAAUAUACUCAAAUUGUUAUUAAAAUAAUGUACAAAUAUAUUUAUAUUUAUAAAUUGAAUAAAAAUUAAAUCUUUUGUGGUUUUGGACAAAUA